AUGAGUAAUGUAGUAAGAGAAAAUGUUAAUGUAUUAUAUAAUAAAAGAUUGGAAUCCAGGUUUGGAAUCCUGUUUACAUACAGAUAUGGCCUUGAAUACAAAUUUCCGAGGCCAAUAAACUUUAAAAGGAGAAGACUCUUUAAUAUUUUUAGCCCUUUGAAUCUCUCAAAUGGCAUUGUAACCAUUGACUCAGAUAAAGGUUGGGGAUGCGUCUUAAGAUCGACACAGAUGGCCAUAUCUCAAGCUCUUUUGAACCUAGUUCUGGGACCUGAAUUUAGUGUGGAGCAGCUUGAAAUCAGGAAUAGAACCCCAAGGAACAGGAAAAUUGACCAAAGCUUACUUAACAUUGAUACUUUCGAGAAGUUGCUUAACGGAUUACUUGAUUUGGACGGUGUUUCAGCUGUUUCAGUGAUAUUAGCUCAGUUUUACGAUGAUUUGAAUGCAGUUUUCUCAAUUUACAACUUCGUAAUAGCAGACUAUGUUCUAAAAACAUGUACUAAAUUUCUACAUUUUGGACCAACCAGCGCAGCACUCUGCGCCUCUAAAAUCAUAAAUGAUUUAAAUCUCCCAAUUAACUCAAUAGCUUUCCCCGACGGUGUUUUUCACAUCUCUGACGUGCGUGAAAUAUUGGAAGAGAAGAGAAAUUUGCUCGUUUGGGUCUCGAAUAAGAAAAAGUUGGACCGCAUUGAACGCGAAUGUGUGAGGUCAAUGUUCAGACUAAGUCAGUUCAACGGAAUUAUUGGAGGGAACCUGUUCAAUAAGUCCUACUAUAUAUUUGGUACAACUAAUAAAAGACUAUACUAUAAUGACCCUCAUCUAUACUGCAAAAAGGCGUUUAGGAGCCUGGAAUAUGUAGAUAUAUUUCGAGAUUUCACGAGUAGGAGAGUCAAGAGCAUGAACUGGCGUUAUUUUAACGCAUCAUUCACUCUUUUAUUCUUGUUUAAGGACCGGGACGAUUUUCAGGAUUUUCUGGAAAACACUUUUGAGAGGAAAUCAAUCGUGGAAUCAUUCCCAUUUGAAUUUAUAACUUACGGAGACCUCACAUUUAACUAG